AUGGUCGACCGUUCGAUCUGGGACGAGGAAGUCGCAGUACCUGAAGAUGUAGUAUCGUUUGUGGAUGAUAAUGUGUUGAAGGAAAUUCCGAAAGGUAUAACCUUGGUUAGCAUCUCUCAAUACGGUGCCUCUUACUGGACACGGACAGCCCAAAUUAUAGGUACUGACUGUACCGGGACUGAGAACUCGUUUUUUUUAAAGGUUGCGCAGGGUGUAGUCGGCAAAGGGAUGAUGUACGGCGAGUUCCAUUCCAUGACAGCCAUUUAUAAUGCUAUACCUGGUAUUUCCCCAAAGCCAUUAGGGCAUGGGACCUACGAGAGCGAUCCUGACACUCACUUCUUUCUUUGCCAAUUUCACGCCAUGACUGAUGGCAUUCCAAACGUGAAAGAUUUGUCUCUCGCGGUGGCCAAAUUGCAUGAGCUGGGAACCUCCCCGAACGGGAAAUUCGGGUUCCCCGUGAUAACCUUCCAAGGAAGACUUCCUCAGGACACUUUCGAGUGUGAUACAUGGGAAGAAUCCUUUUCGAAGGGUAUCGAGCUAUUUUUUCAAGCCGAGGAAGAAGCUCAAGGUUUCGACGAGGAGAUGGCCGCUCUCAGGAAAGGAAUUAUGGAGAAAGUCAUUCCUCGACUUUUACGACCCCUGGAAACUGGUGGAAACAAGAUCGAGCCAUGUUUGGUUCACGGAGAUUUGUGGGAUGGGAAUACGUCUGUAGAUGCUGAGACUGGAUAUCCCCUUAUCUUUGACGCUUGUUCAUCGUACGCGCAUCAUGAAUAUGAUCUGGCCCCGUGGAGACCUGUGAGACACAAGAUUGGAAAGCCGUAUGUGCAGGAGUAUCUCAAAUUGUAUGCCAAAUCCGAACCGACGGCAGAUUUCGAUGAUCGAAAUGCAUUGUACUGCGUAAGAUUUAAUCUAUGUUCGUCGGCAUUAUACCCUGGAAACCUCCGAUUCAGGAAUCUUGUAAAAGAAGAAAUGCGCGAUCUAGUGAAUAAGUUCUCACUAGGGUAUGAAUGCUACAGCAAGACAGAGAUGGAAGUUGGCUUGCAGGUAAAUGACAUAAAUGACGAGAAGUGA